CUUUCUUUUGCAUCCCGGAAGCGCCAACAGAGCAGGGGAAACGAGGAAGUGUGUGCGGCGCGUGAAGCUGGAGCCGGGUCCUGGGGCGAGGAAGGGGGAAGAACUUGAAUCCCUGAAGUGUCCCCUCCCCCCCACUACCCUCCACACCUUGGUUCUUCCCACGCCACGUCUGUCCCCGGCAACCCCGCCCCCUUGAGUUGAAACCGAGCUGUCAGUCCUCAUCGCCCACCCUUCAAGAACGGUCCCUCUCCCUCCCUGCCCUCCAUCGAGCAUGGCUUCCGCCCCUUCCUCUGGUUCCAACUGGGGCCUGAUCAUGAAUAUUGUGAACAGCAUUGUUGGGGUCAGCGUGCUAACGAUGCCCUUCUGCUUCCGACAGUGUGGCAUCUUUCUGGGAGCUCUGCUGCUUAUUUUCUGCUCCUGGAUGACUCAUCAAUCCUGUAUGUUCCUAGUGAAAUCGGCCAAUCUCAGCAAACGCAGGACCUAUCCUGGACUAGCCUUCCAUGCCUAUGGAAAACUUGGGAAAAUGCUUGUGGAAACCAGUAUGAUUGGACUGAUGCUUGGAACCUGCAUCGCUUUCUACGUUGUUAUUGGAGACUUGGGAUCCAACUUCUUUGCCCGGUUGUUUGGGCUCCAGGUGAGCGGCUGGUUCCGGGUUGUCCUGCUCUUCAUCAUCUCCCUCUGCAUCGUGCUCCCGCUGAGUCUCCAGAGGAACAUGAUGGCUUCCAUACAGUCCUUCAGUGCCAUGGCUCUGAUCUUUUACACGGUGUUUAUGUUUGUGAUCGUGCUCUCGGCUUUCAAGCACGGCCUCUUUGGCGGGCAGUGGCUGCAGCGGGUCAGUUACGCACGCUGGGAGGGCAUUUUUCGCUGCAUUCCUAUCUUUGGCAUGUCUUUCGCCUGUCAGUCCCAGGUCUUGCCAACCUACGAUAGUCUGGAUGAGCCGUCGGUUAAAAUCAUGAGUUCCAUCUUUGCCUCGUCACUAAACGUGGUCACUACCUUUUAUAUUACGGUGGGGUUCUUCGGCUACGUGAGCUACACCGGAGAUAUUGAGGGGAAUGUGCUCAUGAACUUCCCAUCGAAUGUAGUGACCGAGAUGAUCCGUGUGGGGUUCAUGAUGUCUGUAGCUUUUGGGUUCCCUAUGAUGAUUCUGCCCUGCCGGCAGGCAUUGAAUACCCUUCUCUUUGAACAGCAGCAAAAAGAUGGGACAUUUGCUGCAGGUGGUUAUAUGCCACCUCUCAGAUUUAAAGCCCUGACACUAGCAGUUGUGUUUGGAACCAUGAUUGGAGGAAUCAUGAUCCCGAAUGUGGAGACCAUCUUGGGCCUAACAGGUGCAACGAUGGGAAGCCUCAUCUGUUUUAUCUGCCCAGCUCUCAUUUACAAGAAGAUCCACAAGAAUGCCCUUUGCUCUCAGAUCAUAUUGUGGAUUGGCUUGGGGGUAUUGGUCAUUAGCACGUAUACCACCUUAUCAGCAACUGAAGACAUCCCAGGAAAAAUAGAAGCGGUGGAACCAGGCAAGCUCGCAGCAGAAAUAAAGAAAGUGUCGGAUCAGGACUCUGUGAAAAUCCCAGACCAGAAACCAGCCAUCGAAGAGGCGGCUGAUGACCGCGACAAACCCAAAUUGCAGAACGGGAAUGAAGAGCUGGAAAAGGCACAGAUCUUGGAUCCCAUGGACGUGCCUAAGAGAGGCGAGAAGGAGAAGAAGCCAAAAGAGGAGGUGCAGCUGGACCGGCCUGGCCAAGGCAUUGCACAGCCUGUAGGAGAAGCCCACCGCCACGAGCCCCCGGUGCCACAUGACCAGGUCUUGGUGGAUGAGGGCCAGGACCACGAGGAGCCUGAAGACAAGCAGCCGCCAGCCAACAAGAACAACCUGGCGGAGGGGAAUGCUGUGUUGGGGAAGGAGCAGGAACAGGAACAGCCAAAGCCUGUUCCCGAACAGGCAAAGGGAGAUGGUGGCCAGAAAAAGGUGGAGGACCACCCAGGGAAAGAACCCAAGCCUCCUGCACACGAGGAUGAACGGCCCCCUUACAAAGACAUCCAGCUGGACAAGCAUGGCGAGAGGGAUGCUGCCCGCCUGCAGCAAGCCGAAAACUUGAAGGAAAAGAUGCAGCCUGAGAAGGAGAUUGAGACAGGUGAAAAAAAGGAGCUGCCUCCUCCAGAGAGGCCGGAGCCAGCCCAAGCGGAGCAGAGGGAGAUUCGUAAUGCGGAGGAGAAUGCAGAUAGCAAGCUGGAGGAAGCUGGGAAGGAGCAGAAACUGGAUCAAGCAGCCUUGAUAGAAGUGAUUAAGGAACAGCAGGUUCAGCAGAAGCAGCUCUUAGAUCAGCAAGCAAAGCUGCUAGCCGUGAUUGAGGAGCAGCACAAAGAGAUCCACCAGCAGAGGCAAGAGGAGGAAGGAGAGGAAAAGCCAAAGCAAGAAAUACACCAAGAACCCGGCCUGCCUCUCCUCAAAAGUAAGGAAAAAGAGGAUGGUCUUGAAGAUAAAUUUGAAGACGCUGGAAAAAUUAUACCAAAUGAUGGGCUGGAUCGUCCUCUGCAUGGGCUUGACAACCACCCCCAAGAUUCUUAUGGCCAGGGAAGACAGCAGGCCACAGGAGAACAGCAAGCAGACAGCAAAUUUACUGGAGCUCCACCUAAAAUCCCCGCAGCUCAACCAAACGAGGCUGAGAAGAUUUCGCUGCAACAAGCUGGAAAAAAUCAAGCUGGCAAGUUAGUGGAGCCAGUCAGAAGCGACUCACAGGUAGCCAGGGCUGGUGGGCAUCACCAGGAAAAGCAACUAAAGAUUGUGGGGUUGAAAGAAGGCCAGGAUACUCAAAUGGCCCAAAACACCCUGGAAAAGAUCAAGAAUGUCCAGGAAAUGGUUGAGGUUGCACAAAGAGCUGUAAGCCAAAGAGAGAUGCCUGAUGCAGCCAAAGUUCAUGUGGCUGCUGAGAAGAUUGCUCCAAGAGUCUCCGAGAGAGAGCCACUUGCCAGGGAGGCGAACAAAGAGGCACCCCGUCAUCAAGAACAGCAAGCAGAUCCUGCACAUAAACCAAAGGUCUCCGAGAACAUGCACGAGAACCUGGAGGUCCCAGGAGUUGUUAAGGUCGAGAAAGUUGGAGAGAAGCAGGCGUUACCUUUGGACCACAUCGGUAAACUGCAAGGCCAGGGGGGCGGUAGUAAAGAGGGGAUAGCAGCCGGAGGCCACAGCCCGCAGCCUCAUCAUGCCAAUGAGCCAGGGCCGGAUUCGGAGAGCGAGCGAAAAGAACCAGAGAAGUUACAGGAGUCCGAGCAUGACCCUGCUGUGAAGCCAGAGAAGGCUAGGCUUGCCCCCAGGGAGCAUGAAAAUGCCAAACCCAACAGAGACCUCAAGUUGCAAGCUGACCUAGACCUGCGCCGUAGGAGGCGGGACCUUGAGGAAGAAGAGAGCGAGACGGGGGAUGUGAUAAUUGGACUAAACCCCCUCCCGGAUGUGAAAGUCAAUGACCUCCGCAGUGCGCUGGAGACUCACUUGAACCAGGCAGCGGAAGGUGCCCAGCAAGCACUUCAUAGUCGGCAGAUUAAACAGAUAACUGUGCCAGAGGAGGAGGGGUGAGAGAGGAUGGCUUUGCAUGAUCGAGACCAAAUGUCGGGGGCUACUGGCCAUUUUGGGAUGCCUUGUUACUGAGCUGCCUGCAAUUGGAGAUGCGACUAUUGGCAGCCUAAAUCGGCUAGCUCUAUCUGAACCGGACAAAUUUGACUGGCACAAUCUUGAGGAAAGAAGAAAUUGCAUCGCUGCCCAGCCACUUUCAUACUUCAGUACUGCAACAGCUUGUCCCUUCUCCUCAUUUCUGCCGGUGGCUAACCUGCAGAGCACCUGGGUUUUGGAGUGCUUUGUGCUUUCCACCUUUCCAAAGAAGCAUUUGCAUUUGCUCGGUUGCCUUUUAACUAUUUCCUUUAACUUCUCCGUCUUUGGAAUUGGAACUCGUUUUCAUGCUUGCUGUUUGAUCUAGUUCAAAUCUGCCUCUCCGCUUGCAUCCCUUAAAGUGGGGAGGGGGAACCUGGGACCCUCCAGAUGUUCUUGGACUCCAUCUCCCAUCGCGGACAGUGGAAAGGGAUAGUGGGGGUUGUAUUCCAGCACCACCUCGAGGGCCACAGGUACCCCCCGCCUGCCUUUAAAUUAAUUUUUGAUUCUUCUGUUAUUUGGGGAAUGGGUCGACCUGCCUUUGGGAAGAAGGGGGGGGGGAAGUUUCAUUACUGUCUCAAGUGAGAAGACAUUCCAUCAGUUUCAUGGGUCCAGAAACACAAAGCUAGUUAGUGUCGGAGGCAUCCUUAAACAAGCUCAUAAGCGGCUGUUCUGAUGCAUCAGGGGUCCACGUUAGCAAUAAAGAGGUUGCCCAUCAUUUCCUCCUCUUGCUCGACUAUCAAAUAUUAGGUUUAUGCUUUUAAUACAUUCCUAUCCCAAGUGCAUUAUGGAACCAUACUGUGCGUGAAAACUCCGCCAGCCACUUGCUGCAAGAGGAAGCAAUUUAAAGGAAGCAAGAUGAAGAAAUUCCAAGUAGGCAUUAUUCAAGUGGGCCCAGCCUACAUCUACCUCUCUCCUCCAUUUGGCAAGUGCAUGCAGCGCUGUUUAAAGCUACCCCUGCCUGGCCCAGCAGUCCAAGCGUUUGUGAAAGGUGCUUGUGCACUUGAGCAGAGCGCCACUUGGUUUCAGGCCUCCUGGUAGGGUUUGUGGCAUUUGCUGUUGACAAACGAUGCGGCGAAAGUGUCAAACGUUUGACUCUUGGAUGCCCCUAACAGCUGGUGGUAUCUUCCCAUCUAAUCUAAGAUUCUCCAUGCUGCAGAAGUAAUAGAAUUCGUCACUGUGGGAAUGUUUUGUUCUAAACAAGCAGCGUCCUUGAGUCUGCAAAUUGGCCUCGUAUCUCCUAUCAGUCUAUUUAUCUGGAACAGUUAUGGGUUUGGGGGUGCAGAAAUACCUGUGAUGGCAUUGCUAUUAGGACAAUAGCCUGCCUUGACAAGUGGGGCAGAGCUAGAUCCUGCCUUUGCCAUAUCUUGCCUGUGAAGUGUGCUUGAUGUGUCUCCAUUAAAGGAGACGGAGAAAUGUGGCUGGUUCCACUUAACCUGCUUUUGAGGGACAUUUUGCCUUGUCAUAAGCACGAUUGUCAUUAUAGCCUUAAUCUUCAGGAGACUCACUGGGCUGAUCUGGACAUAUCACUAAACCAUAGUUUAGUGUUACGAGAACAAACCUAAGCAAGUCUUAAGUGUAUAUAUUUCCCUCCUGUGAUGUGAGGUUUUUU